GGCCUUUGGAACACGUGCUCAAACCAAGCAGCGUGAAUCGGCCAUUCUCCUAAGCCAGCCCGCCGACAAAGAGCAAGACACAACGAUCAGACAAAAUAACAACAUGGCAGAAGAAGGGGGCGAGUACAACUAUGAGGCAAAUGGUGAAGGUUUCGAACAGGGACAAGGUUAUGAAAACUUCAGUGGUGAUGCUGAAGCGGCAGAGCCAAUGGACGACUCAGAAAAAGCUAUCGGCGACACCGGAGAAGGUGGAGAAGACGAUGAAGACGACCGCAAACUGUUUGUUGGGAACCUGAGCUGGGAAACUGCACAAAAGGACUUAAAAGAUUACUUCACAACAUUUGGAGAAGUCACAAGUUGUACAUUAAAAACAGAUCCAGAGACUAGAAGGUCAAGGGGAUUUGGAUUUGUUGUAUUCAAAGAGCCAGCAUCUGUAGAUAAGGUUUUAGCAGAAAAAGAACAUAAACUUCAAGGACGUGUAAUAGAUCCAAAGAAAGCAAAUCCCAGAAGAGAAGUAAUAAAGAAAAUAUUUUGUGGAAAAGUGGAUCCAGGUGUACCAGAAGCUGACAUUAGGGAAUAUUUUGAAAAAUUUGGAAAGAUUGAGAAAUUAGAUCUGCCAUUCGACAAAAUAAAGGAUCAGAGGAGGGCAUUCUGUUUCAUUGAAUUCGAGAAGGAAGAAACUGUGAAAAAAAUCAUAGACUGUUGUCCACACAAACUUAAUGACCAAGAAAUUGAUGUGAAGAAAGCCACACCCAACAACCAAAACAAGCGAGGAGGCCGUGGUGGAUUCGGUGCCUGGGGAGGCGGAUGGGGUGGUGGUCGUGGUGGUGGCGGCCGUGGAGGACGAGGCGGUGGCUGGGGAGGCCAAGGCUAUAACAAUAACUACUACAACAACUACAACCAAGGAUAUGGAGGGUAUGGUGGAUACGGAGGAUAUGGUGGAUAUGACAACAGCUACUACCAAGGAUAUGGUGGUGGAUGGGGCGGAUAUGAUCAGAGCUAUUAUGGAAGCUACGGAGGUGAUUAUAAUGGAGGAUGGGGCUAUGACCAAGGAAAUCAGCAACAGAGCACCUAUGGCAAAUCACAAAAAGGAGGCCGAGGGGCUGGUGGUGGGUACCACCCAUACAGCCGAUAAACAGAGUGAAGAAAUCGUCGGUUGCCAACAAACAUUGAAUCAUGUUUCAUUGCCUCAUUUAUCAUCACAUGCUGGACACUGUGUUACAUCAUUCCAAACAGGAUACAACAGUGACAUUGAACAUUGAGUGACAUGAACAAUUUACUCAACUACCAGAUUCAUCAAUUCUCAUCUUUUGAUUUUAUUGUCUGAUCGUUGUCUUGUAAACAAUAAAAACUGAUUUUUUA